AUGGAGGCCUCGGCCCCGGGCCGGGCGCGGCGGGGCUGGCGGCGGGCCCGGGCCGCGGACUCCCCGCUCUCCCGGGCCGCGGUGGUCCUGGUGGUCUCCGCGCUGGUGCUCUGGGCGCCCCCGUCAGUUGGAUAUUUGGAUCGAUUACCAAGAAAUGCUCACUUGCCCCAAGAUUCAGUGAAAAUAGUGGGAUCACCAAAUAUUCCAGUGAAAGUAUAUGUUAUGCUUCAUCAAAAGAGUCCACAUGUGUUAUGUGUAACCCAGCGGCUGCGGAAUUCUGAACUGAUAGACCCAUCAUUCCAGUGGCAUGGGCCUAAAGGAAAAAUCAUUUCAGAAAACAGCACUGCACAAAUCACCUCCACAGGAAGCCUUGUAUUCCAGAACUUUGAGGAAAGCAUGAGUGGUGUUUACACAUGUUUUCUGGAGUAUAAACCUACUGUGGAAGAAGUCAUUAAAAAUCUCCAACUGAAAUAUGUUGUAUAUGCUUAUCGUGAGCCACAUUAUUAUUACCAAUUCACAGCUCGAUAUCAUGCAGCUCCCUGCAACAGUAUCUAUAAUAUUUCUUUUGAGAAGAAACUUCUCCAGAUUUUAAGCAAACUUGUUCUUGACCUUUCAUGUGAAGUUUCCUUACUUAAGUCUGAAUGUCAUCGUGUUAAAAUGCAAAGAGCUGGUUUGCAAAAUGAAUUGUUUUUUACAUUUUCAGUUUCAUCUCUAGACACUGAAAAAGGACCCAAGCCAUGUGCAGACCAUAGUUGUGAAUCUUCCAAAAGACUAUCUAAGGCUAAAAAUCUCAUAGAGCGGUUUUUUAAUCAACAAGUGGAAGUUUUGGGCAGACGUGCAGAGCCAUUGCCUGAGAUAUACUAUAUUGAAGGUACCCUCCAAAUGGUUUGGAUUAAUCGCUGCUUCCCAGGGUAUGGAAUGAAUAUCCUGAAACACCCACGAUGUCCUGAGUGCUGUGUAAUCUGCAGCCCUGGAUCUUAUAACUCCCGUGAUGGAAUUCACUGCCUUCAGUGCAAUAGCAGCCUGGUGUUUGGAGCAAAAGCAUGUUUAUAG